GUUUAGGCCGGUAAGGGACAGGCCGGGGCGCCAGACAAUUCCCAGGCAACCGAGUUUUAUGUCCCCGUAAGAAUUUCGUGCGCUGCUCCACGGGGUCUCAAUUUCCUUCAUUACCUUCCUACGUGCCACAAUCCUCGCGUGAAAUUUCGAUCGAACAAGACUUUGGCCCGCCAUUGUUUCCACUCGCGGUCUCCUCUGACGCCAGCCACUUGCACUCUCUUCUCAAUCAAGGAUCCAAUGGUCUUCAGCUCGAUGUCAGGUAUUGACUACUCUUUAUACAUUGGGGGUUGAAUUGCUGCUACCUCUGAUUUUGUGUAACUAGUGAAGGUUCCAUUUUUCUAUGUUAUGACUAAAGGCAUUUUCUAAUGGCCAAAAAUGAAGGUGAAAAUGACUUUCAUUGUAAACGAGAAGGUGAUUUUAAUGAUGCGAACCUUAGUGCGAAGAAAUCAAAACAUUCUGGGGACUUAGAAACAGAAAAUACAGAAACACCUGUGGAGUUUCUUCAAAGCAUUCCAAGUGAUGGUAUUCGACGCAACGCAUCAAAUGUGAUCCUGGAUAAUGAUGCAGCAAUCUGGCCUUCAAUUUCGACAGGGACCUGUAGUCAAAAUCCCAGUGACAGAAAACUGGAUGUCUCUUGUGAUACGAUCCAUACAUCUGAGAGUGGUACUACAAUUGAGGAUAAAGCUGUUUGUGAUUCCGCCAGUUCUAGGGGGCAGUUAUCUUUUAUUGAAGCAGAUGCGGCUGAGGAUAAAGGUUCCAGAACCACCAUGGAGGAUGCUUGGGUGAUCCUUCCAGAUGCGUUCAUUGGUGUAACUGGGAAAUUGAGGUGUUCAUUUUAUGCAAUUUUUGAUGGACAUGGUGGACGUUUGGCUGCGGAGUAUGCAAGGAACCAUUUGCAUGCAAAUGUACUGUCUGCAGGCUUACCACGUGAGUUGAUGGACUUAAAAGUUGCAAAGAAGGCCAUUCUUGAGGGUAUCACAUUGCACUUGAAAACUGAUGAGUCAUUACUCAAGGAGAGUGCUACAGGAGGAUGGCAUGAUGGAGCUACAGCGGUAUGUGUAUGGAUACUUGGGCAAACGGUGUUAAUUGCUAACAUUGGAGAUGCAAAAGCAGUCUUGGCUCGUUCAACAGGAGAUGGAUAUCUGGAUUCUUCAGAUGAAAGAUCAUUAAAAGCCAUUGUUGUAUCUAGAGAACACAAAGCAAUCUAUCCAGAAGAACGUGCUCGCAUACAGAAGGCUGGUGGAGUAAUAGGUUCUAAUGGACGAUUGCAAGGACGCCUUGAAGUCUCUAGGGCAUUUGGAGAUCGCCAAUUCAAGAAGGUAGGUGUGACUGCGGUGCCUGACAUCCAUUCGUUUAAUAUCACUAAAAGAGAGCAUUUCAUUAUUCUCGGUUGCGAUGGACUGUGGGGAGUUUUUGGAUCAGGAGAUGCUGUUGAGUUUGUUGGGAAACUAUUGAAGGAGGGGCUUUCUGCUAGUAUUGUAAGUCGGCGCCUUGUUCGUGAAGCCAUUCGUGAACGUCGAUGCAAGGAUAACUGUACUGCAAUUGUCAUAGUGUUCAGGCAAAAGUGACCGCUCUAAGGAUGCAUACUUCCUUCUUUUGAGGGAAAGUGCAGGGCUUCUUGCUGCCAAACUUUCUAGGCCAUAUACUUCACUCCAUUUACAAAAUGUUGAUGAAAUUAGAACUUUGUUUCAAAGUUACCUGGGAUAAUUGAAUGGAAACUUCAUUCUAAUGUUUUGUGGACACUUCAAUUUAGUGGUUUUCCUUUUGGGUUAUGAGACCUGAUGCGGUUAGGUUAGAUGUGAGUGGUUCGAAGGGCUGCUGGAUAAGUCUCACAUUUCGAACAUAAGUAAACUAGUGGAAUCUUGUCGCAUUAUCAGUUACUGCAGAUGAUGCAUUGGCAUCACAACUGGUCAGAAUAUGUUCCUCCCCUGCACUCAAAGUCUAUUGUGCGGCUCUCUCUACUGCCUCCCAUGAAAUCGCAUAUUAUUUUGGCUGUCAUAUUAGUGCCGUUUUUAGAACUAGUGCUUUUGUUGAAGAUUGCUCCAGACCAUCUGGGAUGCUGAUUGAACUAGUUGGGAAAUAGUGGAGAAAUUAAGGAUUUUAUACUUGUUGGGACAAAUUUCAUUUUAAGAGAAAUGAAGAUAUUUUCAUGA